UCUGCGUUACAAGAUCCUGGGAGGCCUGGCUGUGAGAAGAGCAUGUUAUGGUGUGCUGCGUUUCAUCAUGGAGAGUGGCGCCAAGGGUUGUGAAGUUGUUGUGUCCGGCAAGCUGCGUGGUCAGAGAGCCAAGUCCAUGAAGUUUGUGGAUGGCUUGAUGAUCCACAGUGGAGACCCUGUCAACUACUACGUGGAUACAGCUGUAUGCCAUGUGCUCCUCCGGCAAGGUGUGCUCGGCAUCAAGGUAAAGAUCAUGCUGCCAUGGGACCCAAGUGGAAAGAUUAGCCCCAAGAAGCCCUUACCUGAUCAUGUCAGCAUUGUCGAGCCCAAAGAAGAGAUUCUGCCCACCACCCCCAUCUCUGAGCAGAAAGGAACCAAGCCAGAGCAGCAGUCCCAGCCACCCGCCAUGCCCCAGCCUGUUCCUACUGCAUAGAUGCUGAAGACCAGGACUUGAGGAUUUUGGAUACAAACUCAAACUGUAAAAAUAAAUGAAAA